GGGACUCCAUAUGAAAAUGGUGUUUUCCGUAUGAAGUUAUUAUUGUCUCGUGAUUUCCCUCAUUCUCCUCCAAAAGGCUACUUCCUGACAAAGAUUUUUCAUCCAAAUAUUGCGACCAAUGGUGAAAUUUGCGUAAACACUCUAAAAAAGGAUUGGAAUCCAAGUCUUGGAUUACGACAUGUCCUCAUUGUAGUUAGGUGUUUAUUGAUUGAACCAUUUCCAGAAUCAACUCUAAAUGAACAGGCUGGCAAGAUGCUGCUUGAAAAUUAUGAUGAGUAUGCCCGGCAUGCCAGGCUUUAUAUCGGAAUCCAUGCAAAGCCAAAACCAAAAUUCAAAUCAGGAGCUAUUUGUGAGUCAACUACGACGUUGUAUGUGGAGCAGCGUCACAACUCGGUUCUGAAUGUUGAGCAGAAAAAUGCAGCAAGUGGUGUCGGGUUAUUGUUGAAUGAUCCUGAGGGGAGCGCCAUAUCACAGACAGGAGUCGAAUUUGGAGAGUUGGGUCCCUUGUAUGAAAAGACAAGCCGAUUUUCUCCAUCCAGUCAAUGGUCAUACCAGAAAUCAGUUUCACGACCAUCACAGAUAUUCCAGAUGAAUCCGGAAUGCCGAAAAACCUUGGAAGAGACUUGGAGAACUCGGUCAAGGGGCUCCAACUUGGCUGACUCGGCUCAACUCGGUGAGUCAACUCGAUUUUCUGACAGCAGUCUUCCAGCGGUGCGUGGCGGCGCGUCAGAACUUAGAUUGGGAAGAUUUUGGCGGCGUUGGAUUCCUCUCGUCGAGCCUUCAAUCUUUCCAGCUCGCUCUGAUACCACUUUUUAG